UAUACAUAGCACAGAGCAUUUACUUGUAAUAAAUAAACAUUUAUCCUUCUGCUAUUAAACCCAAUCUUCAUCGCCCACGAGGGGAGCCUGCCUAGCACAAUUCCUCCAUAUGGAGCUACCAAGAUCAGAGCCAUGUCUCUCUGAAACUUCUAGCAUCAUUUCUGUUUCAGAAGCUGCACCAUCCUUGAAUACCUCAAUGGAUAGCCCAAAAGAGGGGAAGCAGCAAGAAGGACAAGAUCGAAACCAGGAAGAGCUCACAAAUCCUGAUCUUGUACUGGAUCUAAGCCUCUCUAGCAGAGAUUUGGAACAAGGGUCGAGGCCAGAACUUAAUCUCAUCAACUCCUUCGAGAUGGGCUCAUCUCAAAAUCAGUCAGAAAUUCCUCAAGGAAAUGAAGGUGAGCCGAGAGUGUUCUCGUGCAACUAUUGCCAGAGAAAGUUCUACAGCUCACAGGCACUUGGAGGACACCAAAAUGCACACAAACGAGAGAGGACCCUUGCAAAACGUGGGCAGCGGAUUGGUGCAGCUUCAGUAGCUUUUGGGCAUCCCUUACCCAACCCUUAUCGAUUCUCUAGCAUGGCUUCUCUACCUCUGCAUGGAUCUUUCAAUAGGUCUCUUGGCAUUCAGGCUCAUUCUCUGAUCCAUAAGCCAUCCUCCCUAUCAUCCACUCUCUACGGACAUCAAGGAUGGUCAAGGCUGCCUAUUGAUCAACAACCCGCCAUUGGGCGACUUGCACCAGAGAAUUAUCAUGUUGGAUCAUCAUCAUCCAGUGGUGGCGCCGCAAGGUUUGAGACUGUUCGGAAGUUUUCUCGGCCGGCAAGUGAGGGAAUUGGAGGCUACUGGUGGAACAAUAGUAACAAUUUGAAGAUGAAUCAAGAUGAGUUGCAGAAGCUUGACUUGUCCCUCAAGCUCUGAGCAGUUCUUUCCUUUUUUUCUCCCCACUUUUUGCUUUAUUUUUUACCUGCUUCUCUAAAUCUCCUUAGCCAUUUUUAGUAGGAUUAUGUAUAAAUUUUUUUGGCUACAAUUGGGAGAGGGGUUUUCUCCUCUCUUUUUUUUUUUCGCAAUUUUUGCGCUUGAAAGUAAUCAAAUUCGACUGGUCUUGUUGGGGUAUUCAA